CGCGUCGGCGUCGCUCUCGGUGUUUUCUUAUUUGGCAUCGCGAGCACGUGGCACCUCGGCAGUACCGACCAAGAGGAUUCGGGGUGAGGGACUCGUCCCGAUCGCGAGCGAGUUCGAAUCGAGAGCUGCUGGCCGCGAGAGUGUACAAAGUAUCAGCAGCCCUUUUUUUCCUCGUGUCUCAUUACGCGUUUAAUUUGGCAGAAUGCCAUUGAAUUUUCAUCGCCAAAGUACCGCUUAAGGAAGACUCGGUGACGAAGGGCUGAAGUGUCAUCGACUCUCGAGCUCUUUUCCGAUGCCUUCUCGCCAACCACGGCUGCUACCUUCCCGUACUAUUUCUUCAGUAACGGAUACCAAUGUCAGUGAUGCCCCGAUUCUCCUGAGCCUGGGAGCGCGAUCGUAGCCGAUCGAGCCGCGUCCGGUGACCGCGAAAGGGAGGCCGACGAAGGAAUGGGCCCUUGGGCCUUUGGGGUCUCGAUCGUCCUCAUCUCCGCAAUCGGACUCCUCAUCAAUGGCUACGUUCUUCUCGUCGUUUUUGGCUUCCGCAAACAGGCGCACCAACAACAGACGGCGAAUACACUGUUGCUGAUACAUCUCGGGGCGGUCGAGGCCGCGGUUUGUCUCAUUCUCUUGAUUUUUACGACCGGUGGGUGGCCGCUCUCCGGUAGCUGGUGCAUCGUUUAUGGCUUCCUGCUCGCGGUCCUUCACCCUGUGGCACUGUGGACGGUAACCGGACUCAAUUGCGACAGGUAUUGUGCCAUAGCGGCUCCGUUACAUUACGCCGCUCUGGUAUCCCCUCGCCGCGUCAGCUUCGGAUUGGCUGCAUCUUGGCUCGGUGCUCUCCUGUUAUGCAUACCACCCUUCUCAGGGAUCGUUCCCCCCUAUAAAUACAGUCCAGGACUGGGUUGUUGCGUGCCAGAUUUUGGCAACGACCGAUGGGGCAACGCCGCGACCGUUUACGGCGCUGUGUACGCUUUUCUCGGCCUCGCACUCCCCGCUAUACUCGUCACAGUUUGCAACCUCCGGGUCCUCGGAAUAGCACGCUAUCAUCGUCAUCGCAUCGCCAGUGCGAUUUACGAGGUCACUCUUAGCGCUCAAGUCACCAUAACUCAUCAGAGGAAUCCAUUUUUCGUACCUACGGUUACGAGUCCGGCGGCUGGUGGGCCACCACCGCGAUUUCACAGCGCAGCCAGUACGGUGAUGCAGCUCGUCGGAUCUCUGUAUCUUUUAUACGUGCCAUACUGCGCUUUCGUGCUCUGGGAAGCGGUCGGCGCGGCUCUGAGUCAUCAGCAGCAUCGCUUGCACGCCCAUCCGCGUUUGGCAUCCCUGGCGUCCCUUCUGCUGGCGAGUUCGCCCCCGAUAAAUGGACUUUUGUACGGUCUCAAGUCGCCGACUCUACGACGAUCGAUUCGCAAUUACUGGAGAAAGAAGGUGACAAAGUCCGAGCUCCAGCAGGAAAUUCAAGCGAGAACACCGAGCGUCGCUGGCUCGAGGCGACCCUCCGGAAGCGGUCCCGCUACCGCCUCCCUAUUUCCGUUUCCGCCGCUCCAGAGACGCCUCAGCGAGGCGCUCAUCAAUCUCGCCAAUACGAGAAACCCCAACGCCGCUACUUUCGAGAGUGGAAAUAUUGGAAGUUUUCAUCGUUCGAGGCUGCUUCAGCCUGCAGCUUCGUGCAACACUCUUCGGGUUCCGUCGACCGGCACAGCCCUCGAGUCAUCCGCCGAUAUCCGAGGAUCGAAAGUGAGGGCGAGCGCGAGUGCGGCGAGCCUCAUGGGUUCGCAUUAUCGCAACAGCGAUCUCGACGAAGCUAACGACCGACUCCGCAGCAAUCUCGAUGGGAUUAGCUCGAGCAACGAGAGCCCGAGGAUCCUGAUAACCCGAGCGAACAGUACUGGCGAAACCCGCCAAUCCGAGAGCCCGUUCGUUAUUCCUCGAUCUCGAAAUCCUCAAGAAAUCGGAUCCUCCCGUUGUCAGAUUUCAAUCCCGAUUGUCAAUAUUUUCUCGGACUUGCGCACAACGCCGAUAGAGCGCCGGUGGAGACACAUAAGCACCGAAAGCGACAGCAGCACCGGAAGCAGCGACGCCAGCAGCGUUUGGACCACCGGAGUUACACCCAAAAUAGCUAGGAUAGCAAAUUUGAAGAAUUGUAUAGAAAACUGGCCCUCGGGAAAGUGCUUCGAAAGGGUGAAAACUCUCGAGGAAGCUGGAACUUCCGUAACUGGAGUUCGCGAAACGAGCAACAACAGCGAAAGCAGUGAAGGCACCGAUACCACCACCACUCUGACUCUUUCCUCCAAAAUGGCCAAUCUCACGGCGAAUGAGAGGCUGCGAGAAACAAUGGAAAAAGGACAUUCGAGAGAAGCGAGGGACCAGCGGAGCGAGAGCGAACCUGAGAGUUGGAGCAGCUCCGAGGACGAGGCCGAAGCUAAUUCGACUAUUUUCGAGAUCAACGGGUCUCCAACCGUUGCGAGAGGGUGUCGCAAAAAGUCGAGAAACAACAGGCCGAGGGAUGAGCAAAAUAAAAAACGUGGAGUACCGGUCGAGUCGCGAGAAGGCGCACGUCAAAUGAGGCCUCUUUUGACUCUUUCGUAACUUUCAUUUUUAGUUCACUUUUCCUCGACUUUAGCUUGCCUUUUUGAAACGGUGCGAAAACUCUUCUUUCAUUUAUCCAUUCACCUCCUUUCACUAACUUUUUCCAUCUUCCAUCUCUUCACAGAUGAAACUUCAGAGUUUGUCAAAAAAUAACCUAAAAACAGAGUUUGUUUACCUUCGUUGCUUCGUCCGCUUCGUCCAGAGACAGAGUCUUGACGGAGUUUGAAAAAAAACCGUUACGUUCCAACGUUCCCAACUUCAACGUCAUCCCCAUCUGUCCUUUCCUAGCCGCUCUACUAUUUCGAAACAAUACGACAUAUCGUACAAGAUAUUAUAUUUUUCUACAUUGUUCCAACUUCUAAAGAAUGAAAAAAAAAAAACGUUCAGAGAAAACGGGGGACACGAGACGAUCACUAGCGACCUCUCUAAUAGUAUCGCAGUACGAUCGAUCGGAAAUGAAUUUUCGAAAAAAUGGAUUGUGGCAUUGAAUCCCGUUGUGUAUUGUGUAAAAGAAAAAAAUUGUGAAACUGAGCUCCGUCUUAGCAAUAUUUUCACAAUUCUACCGACUACCGUGUAUACAUUCACGUAGAGUUUAUUAUCCUGACGUAUUAUAAUAGGAUUAUUCUCGUGUAGAAAUCUGAUCGUCAUAGGAAAAUUUAGUCACUGUUGAGAAUAUGAUGUUACUCGUUGGAUUCAAAAAGUACAGUAAAGGAAACGAAACAACAGAAA